AUGGAGGCAACAGUAUGUUCUAAUAGUAGGCCUAAUGAAUUUCAUAAAUUUGAAUUAUUGGACUCUUGUGAUAGUGAUGGUAGCAAUGAAAGUGAAGAUGAAUUGGCAGAAGGUGAUGAAUUGGCAGAAAGCGAAGAUGAGAAUAUAGAAAUAUCUGAAUCAGAAAUUGAGUCACUAGCUGAAA